AUGAGAUUAAUUUGGUUAUCAUUGAUCUUUGUUCAAUUGGUUUCAGCCAAUUAUGGAUUUGAAGAAUGGAGUAAUAAUGAUUUAAAACAAUUUUUAAAAGAUUUAAAAAUUAAAGAAGAUCCAAGUUGGGAUAAUUCAAAAUUAAUUGAAAUUGCAAAUAAUGAAGCUAAAAAAUUAGAAAAUGGUUACAACAAGUUAAAAAUUGAAAUUGAUAAACAAUUGAAACCUAAAAAAUCAAAUUUAGAAGAUUAUUUAAAUUUUAGUUAUUUAUUUGGUGGAAACAAAAAGGAUACGAAACAAUCUAUUAAAGAUUGGUUUUUUGAAAGUUGGGAUUUAAAUUCUUUACAAAAAUAUUUAAAACAUAAUGGUAUUACUUAUGAUCCAAAAGCUAACAAAUCGGAUUUAUUAAAAGAAAUUAAAUCAAGUUAUGAUAAAAUUGCUAAAAAGAAUCAUGGUUCAAGUUAUUAUCCUGGAAAUUGGUUAUAUGAUUCUUGGUCAAAUGAUGAUUUAACAAAUUGGUUAAAUCGUUAUGGAAUUGAAUAUAAUAAAAAAUCAACAAAAGAUCAAUUAAUUGAUAAAGUUAAAGAAUUUAAUUAUAAAGCAACUAAUGAUAUAAUUGAUACAAAAGAUGCAUUAUUUGAUUCAUUAGAUUUAUUUGAUAAAUCAAUAUUUGAUAAAACUGGUCAAAUUAAAAAUGAAUUUUUUGAAACUUGGUCAUAUUCUCAAUUAAGAGAAUGGUUAUUUUUACAUGGUUUUAUAAAUGUAAGUCCAGAUGAAUAUGUUGCAGAUUUAGAUAAAGAUGAAUUAAUUAAAAAAGCUCAAGAAUAUAAAAAAUAUUUAUUACAAGACAUUCAAACUUGGUUACAACAUGCUGAAAAGAAACAUCAUCCAUUUUUAUCAAAAGAUGGAGAUUCUUCAACUUCUACUGGUUCAAACAAGAAGAAGGGUGGUGUUUCUAAUUUAAUUAAUGAUACUUUCUUUGUUGGUAUUGAUAAUUGGUCAAAAGAUAAAUUACGUGAAUUUUUAAAUGUUCGUAAAGUUCCAUAUUCCAUAUUUACAACAAGACAACAAUUAGUAGAUUUAGUUAAAGAACAUAAUGCUGAUCCAAUUCAUGUUGAAGCAGAUGCUUAUAUUGUUGAUAAUGAUGUUUCUACUAACUCCAUAAAACAAUGGUUAAUUGAACAAGGUCAAAAUAUUGAAGGAUCAAGACAAGAUUUAAUUACUGCUUUUCAAGAACAAUUUAAAAAAAGUGGAUCAGGAAGUAAUAAUAUUGAAUCACAAAUUAGAUUUUAUGCACCAGAUUUAAAUACUUUUAAACAUUAUUUAAACAAAAAUGUACCAGAAUCUGAAAAUUAUUCUGAAAAUAAAAUUAAACAUGCUUUUAAAUUAGUUGAAGAAUAUUUUAAUAAAGCAAGUGAAACUGCAAGAGAUGAAUUUAAAAAAGAAGAAUAUUCAGUUGAAGAUGCUUUACAAGAAAUUCAAAAAUCAAGUUAUGAAUACGCUGUAGGAUUAUCUGAUGAAAUUGAUGAUCAUGCAAAAAAUUUAGGAAAAUUAAUUGUUGAUGCAAAAUUAGCAAGUUCAAAUUAUGUUAAAUCAUUAACUAGAAAAUUAAUUAAAGAUUGGAAAAAAAUUGAAUCAAGUUUAUUUGGUGGUAAAUCUUCAAAAUCUUGGUUAGAACAAGGUCAAGAAAAACUUUCAAAGGGUGGACAACAAGUUUUAAAAAAUGUUGAUGAUCAUAUCGAGGAGUUAGGUGCACAAUAUGGUUUAUUAGCUCAACAAGCAAAAGAUAUUUAUGAUGAUUAUUUAUCUACUGCAGAUGAUUCAGUUGAUGAUUUAUCAAAACAAGCUGGUAUUAAAUAUGAAGAAGCAGCAAAAGAUGCUAAUGAAAAAUAUACAAAUUUUCAAAAAUUAGUUAAUAAAAAAGCUGAUAAUGUUGCUGAAGCUGCUGGAAAACAAUAUGAAAUUGCAGUUAAAGAUGCUAAUAAGAAAUAUGAAGAAUAUCAAAAAUUAUUCAAUAAAAAAUUAGAUGAGUUAACUAAUGAUGCUGGUAAAUCAUAUGAAUUAGCUGCUGCUGAAGCCAGUAAAAAAUUUGAUGAAUAUUCAAAUUUAGCAAAUGAUGCAGUUGAUGAUGUUAAAAAAGAAGCUGGUAAACAAUAUGAAUUAGCUGCUGCAGAUGCUGAAAAAAAAUAUAAUGAAUAUAAAAAAUUAACUUCAAGAAAAUAUCAAGAUAUUUCAAAACUUGCAAAUAAACAAUAUAAUGAAUAUUCAAAUUCAAUUAAUGAAAAAGCAAAUGAAUUAUCAAAAGAAGCUGCAAAACAAUAUGAAAUUGCAAGAAAAUUAGCUAAUGAAAAAUAUGAUGCUUUUAAUAAAUUAGCUAAUGAAAAAUAUUCAGAAUGGUCAAAAGAUGCAAGUAAUAAAGUUGAUGAAUUAUAUAAAGAAGCUGGAAAACAAUAUGAACUAGCAGCAAAAGAUGCAUCUAAGAAAUAUACUGAAUAUUCAUCAAUUAUUGGAGCAUUAGCAUUAGAAUAUGGAACAAAAGCUAAAAAUAAAUUUAACAAAUAUUCCACAGAUUUAUCAAAUGAAGCUGCAAAACAAUAUGAAAUUGCAUCCGAAGAUGCUGCUAAAAAAUAUGAUGAAUUUUAUAAAUUAGCAGGUAAAAAAUAUGAAGAAUAUUCAGAAGAAGCACUUAAACAAUUAGAUAAAGCUCAAAUUGAAGCUUAUAAACAAUAUGAAAAUGCUGCAAAAGAUGCAAGUAUUAAAUAUGAUGAAUAUAAAAAGUAUGCUGGUGUAAAAGCAGAUGAACUUUUAAAUGAAGCAGGCAAGCAAUAUGAAUAUUGGAAAAAAGAAGCUGGUAAAAAGGCAAAUGAAUAUAGUAAAGAAGCUGGCAAACAAUAUGAAAAUUUAAAAAAAGAUGCUAGUAAAAAAGCUAAUGAAUGGUCAAAAGAAGCAAAUAAAUUAGCAAAAGAAUAUUCCCAAGAUGCUCAAGAAAAAAUUCAAACAACAUCGGAAGAAGUUUGGGAUUCAACUCAUAAAAAUUAUAUUCAUUAUUCUCCAAAAAUUCAAGAUUGGUUUAAAAAUCAAUAUAGAUCAAUAUUAUUUCAUUUAGGUUUAUUUAAUAAUAAAAUUUAUGAUGUUGCAGAACAAGCAAAAGAAGAAAUUCAUGAAAAAUGGGAUUCAAUAAUUAAAACUUAUUCAAAUGCUGAUUUAAAAGCUUAUUUAAGAUCAUUUGGUUAUAAUUAUAAUUGGUUAUCAGGAUUAAAUAGAAAAGAAUUAUUAACUUUAGCAGAAGCUCAAAAUAAAUUAUUUUCUGGUUAUAAAAAUUUAAAAUGGGAUAAAUCUAUUAGUGAUGUUUUAAAAGAUGUUGGUGAAGAUAUUGGUGACAAAUUAGGUAUUAAAAAACAUCCAGUUGGAAUAAUUGAACAUUUGAAAAGUCUUGUUGGAUUAAAUUAUUAA